AUGGGGCUCCCCGUCAAGAGGAAACGCGAAGAAGAGCACCACGAGGCAAAAAGGAGAGAAGAAGGAUGCUCGAACCACGCCCCUACAUAUCCAAAGUUCACUCCCCUAAAAUCAAAACUCAUGGAAGGGCCACGUAGUGAAUAUAAUGAUGCGUUGGUCAUUUCUGCAUCAAUUUCCAAGUACCUGGAAAUGCAAAUUUUAGUAGACGGCGGUAGUUCGGUGGACGUUACAGCUUUUGAAAAACUAGGGAUAGCCAAUGCUAAACUCACACCCGUGCAAAUGCCUCUAGUUGGUUUUACAGGACACGUCGUCGAAGUUGUAGGAGAAAUUUCGCUCAUCUUGUCUUUGGGAUCAUUCACAUUCCCGACAACAAAUUCCGUUAACUUCUUGGUCGUCAAGGCACCAUCUACAUGUAACGUCAUUUUAGGGAGAUCAAGUUUGAAGCUCUUCAGAGCAAUCCCCUCAACAUAUCAUAUGAAGUUGAAAUUUUCUACGGCUAGUGGAAUCGGAGAAGCCAUAGGUGACCAAUGCGUAGCUCGGGAAUGUUAUGCGAAUACCUUGAAGACACCUCAACUUCAGAACAAGAAGCAAGUGGGGGGAGGGGAUGACACCCCUAAUCUUCUAAAGAGAAAAUGGAUGAUGGCUGUCGAAAAUGAGCUCAUCAGUUCUUCGACCGAUCAGCGACCGAUAGCAUGA